UUAAGAUGGUGAAUAGAUCUUAUUCAAGAAAUGGAGUGCCAAUACAGAUUAUGGAAACCAUCUACAAGUAGUUAAUAUGAAGAGCAGGACUAGGAGACUUGAAACAAGGCAACAUAUGUGAUACCACAACCCUGCUUUUUUUUUCUGAUCUACUUUCUUGUCUAUUAUAUUGUUUUUUUAAAUAGUUCAAGAUGUUGAGUAUUGAUUCAACUUUUAGCUUGGGAGAUAAAUAGCCAAAGCUGUAAAUAGACAGGCCAGGUAAUUGAAACUAGAGGUAAACAUCAUGGGAAGUCCAAUUAUAAGGCAAGUAUUUUUCCUUUAUAUCUUAUUUAACAUAAUUAGUCAAACUAUGUAAUACUUAUAGGCUUAACUAUUGUUUCCAUAGAAACAACUUUUUUAAAAAUACCAUGAGAUAUUGUAUUUAAGAGAUAUUCUAGCUCAGUAUAUGAUGUUUCCAUAUAUCAUCAGCUUAACAAGCAACAUUCUCUGCUGCCAACAGUACCAAUUUGUCAACCAAGCAACAAAUAUUCCUUGGUAAUCUGCUAUCAGAUGGCAUUUUUAUGAAUUAAAGCUUUCAAGGCUUAAUGUUUUGGUCAAGUUUCAGAUUUGUUUAGCAUAAUCCUGUACUUAGUGAUGGGAACUAAACUAAAUUUUUUUAGUUAAACUAAAACUAAGUUUGAACUAAAAAAAAGUAAUUAAACUUUUAGUUAAUCACAAAUUGAAAAAAUUAGUUAAACUAAACUAAGAAACUUUAGUUAAACUUUUACUAACUAUUUUGACCUUUUUUAAGGACAAACAGUCAAAAAUGAAAAAAUAUAAACAACAACCAAUCUCUUUAGCAAAAUGUAAUAAACAUUUAUUUGUGCACAUGAAAAAAGAUUUAAAUGUCUUUAUGGGAUAGAUGUAGAUCUUAAUAGAAUCACUAGAUUAGACUAGAAUGAUACUAUUAUAGCAAGAAAUUAGAAGUAAUUGUCCAAGUUCUAAUAUAAGUUACCUUUUUAGAAGUAAUGAUAAAACUGCAUGUUGACUCGCUAACUAACUAUAGAUUCUAGAAUAUUAAUAAUAUCUUCUACAAACGAAAUGAUCAGAAAUAUAAUCUGGAUCUAGAAUUAGAUCUAGCUACUAGACCAAGAUCAAAAAAUUAAUAUUUUAAUCUAAAAAUAAUUUAAGAAAUACUAGUUACUACUACUACUACUACUAGAUCUAAUAAUAGAGUCUAGUAGAUAUCUUAGUAACUCUAGAUCUAUCUAGAGAUUUUAGAUUAUUAUAAUUAUGAUUAUAACAAGAUAUAGGUAUUUAGAUCUAUAAUAUACUAUAAUAUAAUACUAGAUCUAGAUCUAAUAGAUCUAGAUAGUAGAUAUAAGUAUAAUUAUAAUAGAAGUAGAUGUAGAUCUAGUCUAGAUUUAGUUAAUUUAGUAUUAGAUCUAGUAUAGUGACGGCUAUUAUUAGUAGGCCUAUCAUAGUCAUUAAUAUUAUAGAUCUAUCAUCUUUGCAUCUUAGGUCUUAGUAUAGAGUAUAGGCCUAAUAAGUAAUCUAGAAUUUUCUAGAUAUAUCUAGAUCUAAUCUAGACUCUAAUUCUAGAAUAGUGGAAUCUCUAAACUAAUACUACUAAUAGAUCUAUAUUAUUGACUUAUAAUUUUAAAUUUACAUUUAGAUCUAAGACUACUAAGAGUUAGACUCUACUUAAGACUAAGAGACUAAAAUAAUUAAAUAUAGACUAUUAUGACUAUAGAUCUAAUAGUAGUAAUAGACUAAUACUAAUAGGCUAGACGUCACUAGACUCUAACUUUAGAUCUAUCUAGUAAAAAGUUUUAAAAUAAAAAGAGUCGACAUUUCUUUUAGAUCUAUAGUAAAGCAAAAUUCUUUGCCUGCAGCUAUACAGGAACACACUGGUGUUUAAUAAAAAAGCAGCAAAAUGUAGAUCUAUAGAAGCAAGGAAUUAUCAGGAUUUAUCAAGCAGCGAAACUUGCUAGGAAUAUAAUGAGCACGUGUAUUUUUUUUUAAAAGGCGGGAAUAGCGGCCAUUAUAGGGUAAAGGUCAAAAGGCUUUCUAGUGACCUGUGCACCCUCUAGUUUAUUCUCCUCUCUAUCAUUCAUUAUAUAUAUUCUCUGAAUUACAUAUAGAUCUAUCUACAUAUUUAUUGGUAUGACCGUAUGUAUGUUAAAAAAGUUUGUAAACUUUGUAAUUAAACUUUUUAGUUUGUAACUAAAAAAAAUUAAUUAAACUAGGAUUUUAACUAAACUAUUUUUUUUUAAUUAAACUUUGGCCUUAACUAAUUUUUUUUAGUUAAACUAAAAGUUAGCAACUUUUUAGUUAACUUUUGCCCAUCACUACCUGUACUACAUAUUAAUAAAUGUUUGGUGUGUCUAGUUCAUCUCUCUCACUUUGAAGAUGGCUACACACUAUCAGCAGUGCACCCCUAUGAUAUACAAGUCUUCAUUGCCAAGUCACUCUGCCAAACAGUGUGUACACCUUUCUUGCAAUGGUAGUACUUUACUGUACUUCAAUCACUUCAGGAGUCUGGAUAUGUCAGCCCAAGGCCAAGGAGAUCAAGUUUGUGUCCAAGGUUACUUAGGUAAUUCUCUAAGAACAAUAGGUUUUUUUUUUUUAAAGACAGACACUACAUGUUGCUGAUCUGUGGGUUAGUGGCUCAAUCAUUGUGCACUGAUUCUCCACUGAUGCCUAGAUUUCCAUAAGUUUAUCUACAGAUCAAGGGACUAAAUGGUCUAUUAAACAUGAGGUCUAGGAAAAAGGAUGAACAUUUCAAGGCUGCAGGAGGAACAUUAAGCUUCUCUCUCACUGUGAAAAGAUUCUACCGAUCUACAAAUGAUCAACAUGUUUUAUCUUAAGUUCAUCUGCCAUUUCUUCAAAUGGAGCCAUAGUCAGAAUAAGGUUCAAAUGUAUCAGUUGUUUUUGUUGACAGAUAUCAAGUUGACUUUAAAGACUGUCAUUUUAAUCAUACUGCCAUGUAAGAUCUUGAAAUUUGUUGAGCCAUGGAUUGGGCAAUCAUAAAUCUAUAAAGAUCUCUUCACUUAUAAUCUUGUUCUACUGAAAGUGCCUACACAAUCACAAAGGAUGAAUUCAAGGCUUACAAGAGUUUAGCAGCUUACAACCAGUUCCUAGAUGGUUGGGUUCAAGAUAUUAUGGCUUUUAAACCACUAGCAAAGGUUCUUCACUCUCAGUGGUUAGCAGAAAAGGUACUGCAGCCCUGGAUAAGUCGAGAUGGUAUUAUUCUAUCAGCCCACUGUUCUUGUACAGUUGGACUUGGAGAGUCCUGCACUCAUGUGGCAGCCACUUUAUUUAUGCUGGAAGCCAACACCAGACUAAAAGAGAUUAUGCUUCAAUAUGAGGCGAGUGAAGUCACUGGAGAUCAAAUGCCUGAUCAGGUCAAUGUAACUUUUAGCACAGAAACAAAAUCUCUAACCAAACUUAAUCUCAGACGCUCGCGGCAUUUUAACCUCGAUAUUCCUUUGUAUAGUUUGGACACCGACCAGGAAGGAAUUUUCCAUAGACACAAAGUGAAAACCAGACCCAAAAAGGAUCUAGGUUUUUACCAAGAUAUUACAAACAAGGCUGUUUUUCGCAUCCAAAGGUCUUCAGAGAAAUCGGCGUACAAGAAAUCUAAAUUUAAUUUGAAAGGGGAAUUUCUUUUGAACACCUCCAAAUGUCUCUUCGACUCAGAGAAAAGGACCUUAAAAAAGCCUUGGAGAAAUAUGCCCCCCAAACCGAUGUCGCAUUCUAGAUGGACUGCAUCUCCUAGACCACUUUUCAAUACAACAUUCGACCAAUAUGUUUAUACUUUAGAAAUACUGAAAACCACAACGUUUGAUUUGUUUGACCGCGUAAGAAUACAUCCGCCAAAAGAAAAAACUGUAAGAAUGAAUGCCAUCAACAUUAGAGACAUGCAUAUGAGAAGCACAGGUCGUAAAUCUAACCAGUCAAAACUGAGUUCAGUCCCGCAAAGCAGACGUCGCCGGAACUCAGUGCAGGACUACUACGUAGACGUGGUGGCGAUGAUAGACUACAAACGCUACUCCAUGUUCUUAGCACAAGCGAACUACAAUAACUUCACGGCAAUGCAGAAUAUUCUAGAGUACUAUGCUUUCGUAUUUAGUGGGGCCGAUAUGCUGUAUGAAGGCAUCAAACAUCCAGAGUAUACGAUUCAUAUUCUUCUAAGUAAAGUAUACGUUCUUCAGACGGUCGCUUCUUCAAGUUUUAUAGACAGGGACGCUAGUGACGAUGAGAUCUAUGGAAACACAGCGUUACGUUAUCUACGAGCAUUUAUUAAAGGCGCUGGGCGGAGCAUCGUUGGCAUUUAUGAUCACGUGAUGUUGUUUACCGGUUAUGACCUCUUUACAUUGGACGGUAAUAAUAAUAAACAAGAUACCUUAGGGAUUGCUUAUAAUGACGAAAUGUGCCUAACAAACGGAGGAAGCUCUUCUGUGAUAGAAGACCGCAAAGGCUAUUCUACCUCUACUAUAGAUACGGUAGCACAUGAACUGGCUCAUGGCCUCUCAGCCCGUCACGACGGAGAUAACAAUCCCUGCAACCCUUCAGAGAGAUACAUUAUGGGUUCUCCUGAAUCGGUAAAAAAGCCUGGGAAUGAGUAUAAUCCAUGGCGGUUCUCUCCCUGCAGCGUCAGUUACUUUACCAGCUUUUUGAAGGAAACGUUGAAAUCCAGUCGAGGUUACACCUGUCUUGUCUACGCUGUCGAAGCAUCAGCAGACAUUCCAGAUGUAUCUGAUAAACUAUUGGGUCAGUUGGUCAAACCUGAUCAACAGUGUCAACAGUUUUAUGGAAAUAAUUCUUUCUAUUGCAGGGCUUCCGAACCUUUCUCUGAAAUCUGCCAGAAAAUGUAUUGUGCAGAUGUUUCAAGACAGGUUUGUAUACUUCAGAUAGCACUCAUCGGAACAUCAUGUGGCGAUGGAAAGAUCUGUAUAAAUGGACAAUGUGUCAGCGACCCGUACGCUCCUCAGCUUGAUGAAAACUGUGCAUUUGGAGACAGACCGGACAACUCUUGCUAUUGGUACAUCAAAGAAUUUAUAGGCAAAUGUUAUACUAGUAUUGACUAUCAAUCAUGUUGUGACUUAUGUAACAAUGUGUCUAGGCCCGUGAAAGGCUGUGAAUACGGAGACAGAAUCGUCGAUUGUACACAAGAUCACUGCUUGAAUUCUCAAGUGGAUUGCUGCGGCACGUGUAACUAUGGCACCCCCUUUACCCCAACGUACAGCACCAGAAGAAACACACCUAAAAGAUCCACGACAGUAAAUCCCCUUGUGCUAUUCACUUCAAUUAAAGGAUGUGAACCAGGGGAUCAAGACUUGAGACCAGAACUGUGCACUAACUUAAGCGUCUGCCUGAUACAGCCAGCACAGUGCUGUCACUACUGCUCAUUCUAUAUCACGUAUGCAACUACAAGUACCACGACUGUGACAGAGUGUGUACUAGGAGAACCAGAUUUAAGUCCAGAGCUGUGUACUAGCCCAAGUAUCUGCCAGACACAACCAUUGAUGUGCUGUGAAUAUUGUUCUUCUGCCAGCCGUCUCUCAUUAUACACUAUUUGGAUAGAGAUCUAUAUUAUUCUAUAUCGUUGUUUUUUGCAUUGCGUUCUAUUAUUAUAUGUCUAUUAGGUAGAUAAAGUACAAAUGUCUAUUAGGAAGACAAAUUACAAAUGUCUAUUAGGUAGCUAAAGUAGAAAUGACUAUUAGGUAGAUAAAGUACUUAGUAGCCCGAGUAGGUCUACUCCACUGAAAUCCCCUUGUUCGAUAUUUUACUAGAUUCUAGAUUAUAUAGAAUAUAUAAAUACUACAACAAGUUAGUUUUAGUUUUUGUCCCCACAACGAUAUAAUAAUAAUAAUAAUAAUCAUUAUUAUCCGUAAGGAAAUUUGUCUUACAAUUUGUGCAUUACACUAAACAAAAAACAUUAUAACUAUAAGAAACCAAAGUGUACAUUCACACCAGACUCACUCAUAAUUUACAUGUGACAAAGUUUAUACCAGAUUGUUCUUAUUUAAUGAUUUGAUUGCCAGGGGAACAAAAGAGUGUUUGUGUCUGUUUGUCUUUGCUAUCGGUGUCUUGUAUCUCUUUUGUGAUGGUAAAAUCACAAAGUCCUGACACAAAGGGUGAUUCUUUAUUUCGAGGAUCUUGUUAGCUUUUUUUAUAGAUGUUUGUCUCAAACAUAAUGAAGCAAUCAUUGGUGUACUAUGCAUGAAAUAAUUGUAGUUUUAUAGACCUCUAAUAAAACGUGGCUUUGAUAAUUAAGGUAAUUGAUAAUUUGCAUGCUUUUUGACGUCCUCUUCUAAUACUGGAUCUUAAGAUAAAUUGUGUUGCUAGUUUGUUUUUUUCAUUAAACGAUUUCAAGUUCUUU